GGCUCCGUUCCAAAUGUUCGGGCGAUAACAUACAUGUCGUCAGCAAAACUCACAAAUCAAAUUGACCGGAUUUCGUGAAAAUCAUACCCACGCUGUUGAGCAUGACUCGUUACAUUGAACUUUCCUAAGCGAUAUUGGGGCAGCAGGGACGAAAGUCCUGGGGCCUGACGCACCCCCCCGCUUGCGAGUCAGCCGCGUAGUCGCCGGCUAAGAAUAGGACUACUAACCCCAAUUCAAGGUGUCAAGCGACCCGUGCUGAGGAAUGAGUGAUCGAGGGGGUGAAAAAGAUGCUCGAUCUUUAACGGAGCCUGUGGGGUACCUGGGCACCCCCCACAGUAAUCUGUCCCUUACCGCGUUAAUGCAGGGCUCUGGCGUGGUGGACUUUAUUUCCCGUGCGACUCGUGGGAUGAAAAAAUGAGCAAAAAUUCAAGAAAUCAAAAUUUAGGUGGAAGUAGUGGUGCGAUCAACCCCUUCGCAAGAAGCGGGUUGAUGAGAUCUCCAACAAGGAGAAGUGAGGAGAUAGGCGCUGGGAGUUGCGUACGCAGCUCAAGCGUGGGUGCUCCAGUCCACUUCCCGGCAAGCCAGCCGGUGGAGGUUAUGGACGGAGCGUGGUUGUUGAGGGCCGUCAACCGAGAAUACAAAGGACGGUCCGCAAUAGAGGUGGCUGAGCAGCAGCUUGGCAAAAUCAUCGACUUUGCGUCCACUAAGUCGAACAUAAGCAAGGACCUGAAAACGGCCUUGCUUCGACUUAGGGCGUCGAUCGACGAUGCCAAGCAGGAGCACGCGGCACUCGCGUUGCUGACUGCUGCAGUAGUGGAGCCUGCAAAUGAGAAAGUGCCGAAGUUUACCCAAACGGAGGCCUUCUCCUUCGCAGGAAGUCCGAAUAAGGCGGAAGCGACUGCUCGCGACAAACGGGGCAAGCAAUCGCAGAAGCGGGCGAGGCAACCGUCAGGCGAGGAGCUGUUUGGCGGUGCCCGCAAGGUCAGGCGAAUCAUUACCCCGAAAGUCGGUAAUAAUGCCGGAAGGUCGGACCCCAGCCAGGGUUCCCGGAAAGCUGGGAAGGGUGGGCCUGAAAAGGCUGGCCCGUCCCGGAACGAUGGGAACAAGGGGUUGCGACCGCUGGUGGGCCCUCAACAGCCACAGAGCAGGGCGAUCCAAGGGGAGGACCCCCCUUGGACGAAGGUAGAGCGGAAGAGGAAGAAGAAGGCGAAUCCGCAGGUAGUAGCGCAGGACGCCAAGCCAAGGCGUAGGAGGGCAGGUGCCAAGCGCGAGAAAGGCGACGCGAUCGUCAUCAAGACGGAACAGUCCAAGUACUCGGACGUCUUGAAGAUGAUGCGAAGCGACGCCAAACUUGAGGGUCUUGGAGCCGACGUACGCAGGAUUAGACGUACUCGUACAGGCGAGAUGAUCCUGGAGCUGAAGCGCCAGAAGGAGCACAAGGGCGCCGCCUAUAAAAGGCUGGCAGAAGAGGUCUUUGGUGAGGGAGUGCAGGUGAGGGCUCUGACACAUGAGGCGACUCUGAAGGUCAAGGACAUUGAUGAGAUCACCGAAGUGGAAGAGCUCGUCACGGCACUGCGGCAACAGUGCGAUGUGCAGGUGGCCGCCGCAGCCGUUAAGCUACGGAAAGGGCCAGCAGGGACACAUAUAGCUUUAGUUCAGCUACCUGUGGCGGACGUCAAAAAGUCCGUUAAAGUAGGGAGCAUAAUGCCUGGUUUACAUUGUUCAACUGAAACGAACAUUCCACUUGCCAACUUCUCAAAGAUGUUCAAUCCAAUGGAAUGAUGUGUUUAGACUGAGCAAAUGACUUGAGUGUUCACUUGAAUGCUCUUGAAUAGCAUCUCAGUUGAAGCAAGUGUUUACAUUGUUCAACUCGUGCGGAGCGUAAGCAAACUGAAUUGAAUUAAUCUCACUGACAGAUGACUUAAAUUCAGCUCACAUGAAUCGCGGGUUUAGACGGGGCAAGUGAGACGAUUUCGUUUGACUUGAAUGAAAAAGUUCAACAUGUUCAACUUUCGUUCAAGUCAAGUGAGUUGCUCAUGUGAGAUGAAUGGUGUUGUUUACACGUUCAAUUCGCAUUCAAUUAGGCAUUUUCCAUUGACUUGAAUCAAGUCACUUGCACUGUCUAAACCAGGCAUAAAGGUGGGUUGGUGUGUAUGUCACCUGACAUUCCACGAGCCACCAGAGGUUUGCUUCAGGUGUCUGGAACCAGGACACAAGUCGUGGGACUGCAAAGGCCCCGACAGGCGCAAACUGUGCAGGCGAUGCGGCGCUGAAGGUCAUAAGGCCCAAAGCUGUACGAGUCCGCCCAUCUGCAUGAUCUGUACCGGGAAAUCCUCGAACAACAGACAUCCGAUGGGUGGUCCAAGGUGCCCGGCCUUCAAGAAAGCCGCAGUGAACAACAAAUCACAGUGCAGGUAACGCAGCUGAACCUGAACCACUGUGAUGCGGCUCAGCAACUGCUUUGUCAGGCGGUUUCUGAGUGGGAGACGGAUAUCGCCAUCAUAUCGGACCCAUACCGAGUACCCGCCGGCAACGGCAACUGGGUCGCGGAUGGGACCAGAAAAAUGGCGGCGAUAUGGACGACGGGUAAAUACCCCGUCCAGGAGUUGGUGUCUACUACCUAUGAGGGCUUCGUGGUCGCCAAAGUAAACGGGGUCUUCUUCUGUAGCUGUUAUGCGCCUCCGCGGUGGCCGAUCGAGCAGUUCACGCAAAUGCUGGACAACUUAACGACCGUGCUAACAGGGCGAAGGCCGGUGGUAAUAGCGGGUGACUUUAAUGCCUGGGCCGUGGAAUGGGGAAGCCGUUUCACGAACCAGCGGGGUCAGAUCCUGCUAGAAACACUGGCCAUCUUAGAUGUCGACUUGGCUAAUGUCGGUACCAAGAGUACCUUUAGUCGAAACGGAGCGGAGUCAAUUAUUGACGUGACCUUUUGUAGUCCUGGCCUAACAAGUAGUUCGAACUGGAGAGUAGAUGAUGGCUACACUCUCAGCGACCACCUGGCGGUUCGCUACAGUAUCGACUACAACAACAGCAGACAGCGGAUAGAAGAAGAGGCGGCUAGGCCAAGGCCAAGCCCUCGCAGGUGGAAGCCAUCAUACUUCGACGAAGGGGUGUUUAGGGAGGCGCUCCGCCGUGAGCGAAACUUAUUCGGUUUAGACGGCGACGAGCUGGUAGCGGUGCUCUCACGUGCGUGUGAUGCGACCAUGCCUAGGCGAGUCCACCCUAGAAAUGGGAGGCCACCGGCUUACUGGUGGACCGACGCGAUUGCGGACCUGCGCCGCGCCUGCCUACGGGCUAGGCGGCGGAUGCAGCGAGCACGAUCAGAGGAAGAGCGAAACGAACGGCGGGUGGUGUUCGCCGCUGCAAAAGCCGCGCUUAAGACCGAGAUAAGAGCAAGCAAAAAGGCCUGCUUUGAGGGUCUCUGUCAGAGUGCCAAUACGAACCCGUGGGGUGACGCCUACAGGAUCGUUAUGGCCAAGACGAGAGGUGUGAUGGCUCCUACAGAGCAAUCUCCAGAGAUGUUGGAGGGGAUCAUUGAAGGACUUUUUCCGCGUCAUGAUCCUAGUCCUUGGCCUCCUUUCGUAGGACAGCCGGGGACUGGGGCUGGCGAUGAGGAGAGGGUCACCGAUGUGGAACUUGCGGGGAUAGCUAAGUCCCUUAGCGUAGGUAAGGCCCCAGGUCCGGACGGAGUUCCGAACCUGGCCUUAAAAGUAGCUAUUGCAGAGGCUCCCGAGAUGUUCAGGUCUGCUAUGCAGAAAUGCCUGGACAAGUUUUCCCAUAAGCUUGGAAGAGGCAGAGCCUGGUACUAUUGACAAAGGCGGGGAAACCACCCGGAGACCCGUCGGCAUAUAGACCAAUAUGCUUGAUUGACACGGCGGGGAAGGUGCUCGAAAAGAUCAUCCUCAAUAGAAUGUUGAGGUU